UCUGAUGUUCGAGCAGGCAAGCGAAGAAAUGCGCGUUCUCACUUCCGUCGCGUUGGAUCAGUUAUCGGAGCAACUCGCGCUCGGGAAAAUGGCCCACGACAUGAGCCCGCCGCGGAAUGCUUUUGUGGAAGAAGCUGUGCAGGCACCUGCAGAGACGGUCGAUGUUAAAGUCGCGGCGCCAGCGAGCCCGUUUCCCGCAGUGGCAGAUCUCGUGGAGGACAUGGAAAAGGAUUUAGACGAUAAGGAGGCGCAGGCGCGGGCGAAGAUAUUGGGCAUGCUGGGGGAACUGAUCGAGGCAGAGGCGGACAUGGUCCGCCUGGCAUUCAGCGCGGCGCCAGGCGAUGCGCCAUAGCCACGCAUUGCGUAUUUUGCGCGCAAUAGCGCGCCGGGACCACGUGCCCGCGCGCUGCCCGCGACGCCAUUCCGCGGCAAUGGCGGCGGAACGCCCUGGGG